CUUCGUCAUCUGCUUACAAACUAAGCGCUCUGCCCAUUUUCAUAUCUAUUAACCAACACCACUGAUGAGAGCUCGACUGUCUACUAUUUCUAUGACAGGAUGUCCGAUCAAGCGAUUCUCCGCAUUACAAGGGAAAUCAGGCAGAUACAACAAGGCACAGACUUGUCGCUGGCUGUGGCUUACGAUGAUUCUGACAUCCGAAAUGUCCACGCCCUCAUUCUUGGACCGCCAGAGACUCCUUACCAGUUCGGUUUCUUUGAGUUUGCGAUCAAAUUUGGAAAGGACUAUCCCGCAAAGCCUCCUAGUGUCCGAGCUUUAACUACAAAUAAAGGACGUUGCCGGUUCAACCCUAAUAUCUAUGCUUCGGGCAAAGUCUGCUUGUCAAUUCUGGGCACUUGGCGCGGGGAACCUGGAGAGGAGUGGUCAUCUGCACAAGGCCUGGAGUCUAUCUUGAUCUCCAUUCAGAGUCUGCUGUCCAACAACCCAUAUGAGAAUGAACCUGGGUACGAUAAGACCCAAACAGCAGAGGAUAACGAAUUGAAGGUAUCUUACGUAGAGAAGAUUCGCCAUGAGAACCUCCGAAUUGCAGUCAUUGAGCCUCUGGAGUCAUCACUGGGUAUCCUGCCAUAUGGAAGUACAAGCACGAUUGCAGACCGAGCAUCUGAGAGCGAUGACGACGAGGAAGAUGAUCAAACGCUGAGCCAAAAUGACAAACCUCUUGUUGAUCGAUUCGCAGACCUUCGCAAAAGACGAUUCCUAUGGUAUUUCAAUUCCUACAUCCAAACGAUUGAUGCCGCGAACUCGGAUAUCUCUCGAAAGUGCAAAUUCCAGAUAAUGCCUUUCGAAAGCCAGGGCAAUACUAUGGAUGGCCACUUUGAUUACCCUGAAUUAAGGCGGCGGGUAGUUCUACUCAGGGAAAAAAUCAUUUGUGAGACGCGCAACUGGUUGUCUGAGGGGCUUGGUGUCAAGAAACAAGAGCUGAGUAUCGCAUCAAAUCUGCAGCGCCAGUAUGAACAGAUUGUUGAGGAUCUCAAGCGUCAGAAAAACUUCGCCGUUGAUCUUGAGCUUGUUGACACGAAUCCUUUCCUUUGGGCAUUUACCUACUUUGGUAGGCCUAUGAGCCAUUUGGACGGUGGUAUCUUCAGGUUUAAGAUCUACAUCAGCCCAAGUUUCCCAGAAGAACAGCCUCGUGUCUUUGUGGAGACGCCCGUAUUCCAUAUUCGCGUAUCCCGAGAAGGAGUCCUAUGCUAUUUCCCACGUAAAACAGAUGAAAUGCGUUAUCAUAUCGAAGCGAUUGUGGCGGCACUCGAAGAAGAAUCCCCGCCAUAUGAUCCACGGACUACAGUUCACCCUGAGGCAACUAAGCUUUUCUGGGGCAGUCCGGAAGAUCGCAAGAGAUAUAACAGGGCAUUGCGCCAGUCUGUUGAGAAAAGCGCCGAGGAAACAUACGCAUGAAAACUCCCCCUUUACUGCCGAUGCUUACCUACUUUUCACCUGAGCCUUGAAUGCUUUAGCCUUCAUCAGACCCCGUGAUGGUCCCGGUUAAUCUCAGAUGAUUUAAUAUUUUAACAGAUUAUUGUCGGUCUGCGUCCGUCUCAUUCUGUUUCUUGAUUGCAUAUCCAGGGUCAUGACCGUAAGAUUUCGCAUAAUAAUGAAGCGUAUAUCAUUCGGUAUUAAGCGCAAUGGUAUCUAAGAUGGUUUACUUUCCUGGUUGGGGCCAGCUUCUAGGCCAAAUUCAAGAUAAUGCUAUGCUAUGAAUUGUUGCCACCGAUGUAGACACCAUCUAGAUGGUUUAAAUGAUAAGUAAGGGACAACAACUGUGUGAGUGCCGCUAUUAGGUGAAGUGAGCCAAGG